AUGUUAAUUUCACGUAGUCGGAAUGAAUUUGAAGGGGCAGGAGUUAAUCUCAUCUCGUGCACAAUAUGCCCUAAAAUGAAAACUAUUACUCGUGCGACAUCCUGUUCUGCCUUUGAGUUGCGGGAAUCGUUAUCCACUAUUCUCGGUUUGGAUGUUGACUCCAUCGAGCUGUACAGGAAAGGAACCACUGGUUUUGUUUCUGUUCCAGAUGAGUCAGUGGGGCUUGGACACUAUUAUGUGAUAUUGCGGUUAUGCGGUGGCAAAGGCGGAUUCCGCAAGCAGCUUGAGAAAAAAGGAAGGGCGUUUGCACGAGCCAGAAGAUUGCGGGAAGCUAACCCGGCGGGUGCUCGUCCAAGGGCGAAACAAGGGGCCGAAUUGGUUUCAAGCAAGAGUGCAGCUGUCAAAGGUGAGAUCAGCGAGAAGAACUUAUCAGUGGAAAAGGAAAUAAAGCCAAGCAGUACCGGAACCAGUAAAAUUCGGGACGCUGUCCGCAUAGGUGUAAAACGAACUCUUGAUAGUUUGAUUUGCAGCAAGACAUGA